CCAGUGUUCUAGCCGAUCAGAGCUCAUUAAAACCCAGAAAAUCUAAAUCAAUAGACAAAAUAAAAUUAAGAAGAAAGAAACCCAUGAAAACCCAUCAUCUCUUCCUCUCACUCCUCCUCCUUCUCUCAACCCCACCGACAACUCUGCAAUACCCAUGCAACAAAAACGACCCAAACACACCCACUUACCAAUUCUGCAACACCUCUCUAUCCUACUCAUCCCGAGCCAACCACCUCCUCUCUCUCCUCACCCUCCCUGAAAAAACCCAACAACUCAUCAACACAUCCCCCGGCAUUCCCCGUCUCUCCGUGCCGCCUUACCAGUGGUGGUCGGAGGCUCUCCACGGCGUCUCCAACGCGGGCCCUGGGGUCCGCUUCAACGCCACCGUCCCCGGCGCCACCAGCUUCCCGGCGGUGAUUCUGACGGCGGCGAGUUUUAAUGCUUCGCUGUGGUAUGAAAUGGGUAGGGUGGUGUCGACCGAGGCUAGAGCCAUGUAUAAUGUUGGGUUGGCAGGGUUGACGUAUUGGAGCCCGAAUGUGAAUGUUUUUAGGGACCCGAGGUGGGGGAGAGGGCAGGAGACGCCCGGAGAGGACCCGAUGGUGGUGGCCGAGUAUGCCGUGAGGUAUGUACGAGGUUUGCAGGAGGUGGAGGGAGAUGAUGAGAAGCUUAAGGUUUCGAGUUGUUGUAAACAUUAUACUGCUUAUGAUGUUGAUAAUUGGAAAGGGGUUGAUCGCUUUCACUUUGAUGCUAAGGCACCCAAACAAGUCGUUGUUGCAAUGCAGGUAACUUUACAGGACUUAGAAGAUACUUAUCAGCCACCGUUCAAGAGUUGUGUGGAGGAAGGACAUGUGAGUAGUGUGAUGUGUUCAUAUAACAGAGUAAAUGGUAUCCCCACUUGUGCUGACCCCAACCUCCUCAAAGGGAUAGUCAGAGAUCAAUGGAAUCUAGAUGGAUACAUUGUUUCUGACUGUGACUCUGUGGAGGUAUACUACAACUCCAUACAUUACACCGCUACACCUGAGGAUGCAGUAGCCCUUGCCCUAAAAGCAGGUUUAAACAUGAACUGUGGAGAAUAUUUGGGAAAGUACACAGAGAAUGCAGUGAAAUCAAACAAAGUAGAAGAGUCGAUUGUAGACCAAGCCUUGAUAUACAACUACAUAGUCCUAAUGAGGCUUGGCUUCUUUGAUGGGGACCCCACCACCCUCCCAUUCGGGCAACUCGGUCCAUCCGAUGUAUGUACCGAUGAUCAUCAAGCACUGGCUGUUGAAGCUGCAAAGCAGGGGAUAGUUUUGCUAGACAAUAAUGGAGCUGUUCCUCUGUCCACCAACACCACCAAAAAUGUAGCAAUCAUAGGACCUAAUGCCAAUGCCACACAAGUUAUGAUAAGCAACUAUGCCGGUGUACCGUGUCGCUACACUAGCCCUCUCCAGGGGCUACAAAAGUAUGUCGAGGCGGUGACAUAUGAGCCUGGCUGCGCCAAUGUUGGUUGCGUUGAUGAGAGCCAGAUUGAGGCGGCAAUUAAGGCUGCAGCAGUGGCGGAUGAGGUGGUGGUGGUGGUGGGGCUUGAUCAGUCUGUUGAGAGAGAAGAGCUAGAUAGAGUGAACUUGACAUUGCCAGGGUUUCAAGAGAAGCUUGUGAUGGAAGUGGCUAAUGCAACAAAUGGGUCUGUAAUUUUGGUUAUAAUGUCAGCUGGUCCAAUUGAUGUUUCAUUUGCCAAAAAUAAUAGCAAGAUUGGGGCCAUUUUGUGGGUGGGGUAUCCUGGUCAGGGUGGUGGGGAUGCCAUUGCUCAAAUCAUAUUUGGGGACUAUAAUCCAGGUGGAAGGUCCCCAUUUACUUGGUACCCGCAAGAGUUUGCAGAUCAGGUGGCCAUGACUGACAUGAACAUGAGACCCAACACCACCACAAACUUCCCAGGAAGAACCUACCGGUUCUACACCGGAAAAUUUAUAUACGAAUUCGGCCGGGGACUCAGCUACUCGACAUUUUCCAAGUUCAUCACAUCUGCACCUUCAACUAUACUCAUAAAAUCCAACUCCACCACCCAAAUAAUCAAAGACAUCGACAUUUCUACGAUCAACUGCCAGAAUCUAAACUUUCAAGUGGUUAUCGGAGUGAAGAAUGCUGGUCCGAUGGAUGGGACCCAUGUCGUGCUGGUGUUUUGGAAGCCAGCGAGCUCAGAUGGGGUGGUGGUUGGGGUGCCUAAUUUGCAGCUGGUGGGGUUUGAGAGAGUGGCGGUGAAGAGAGGGAAGACGAAUACUGUGGCGGUGGAGUUGGAUGUGUGUAAGGAUUUGAGUGUUGUGGAUGGAGAUGGGAAGAGGAAGGUGGUUACUGGACAGCAUACCCUUUUGGUUGGUUCUUCUAGUGAAAGGCAAGUGAGACACCAUUUCUACAUUAGGCUUGUGCAAAGUGGAGACCAAGGAGGUUCAUUUCCCAUGUAAUAGCAGCACCAUCACAAUCACUAUUGAGCAUGGUUUUAAAUAACAUUAUCUCAAUUUAUAUCGAUAUUUAUGAUACAAUUAUAUAUCACCUGAUAUCAAAUAAUAUUGAUCGAUAUAUUAGUAUCGAAAGUCUAAAAUUUCAUGGUA